UCCAUCAAGCCAAUAAUAAUAUAGAACACUUUGAAGCAGGAUAAAUUUCAGAGGAACAUUCUGAUCGGAAGUGUGCCAAGAAAAGAAAUGUGGUAUUGCAGAAGAUUCGAUUAAUCUAUAUUGCCCAAGAAGGGCAAAUGACCAAAUGUCCAUAAUUCGCUUGUUAUACUUAAUACUUGUGUUAAUUUUGAAAGUUGCCAGUUCUUUAAAAGUACACGAAUGCGAAACAUUGGCAUCAGUUUGUAAAAGAGAUCCGUGGUGUGUUGAUGAUAAAGCAUUCUUUUUAAAGUGUGUCCACAAAUAUGUAUUGGAUGAUAAUAGUUUUAUAACUGACAAAGCUGCGUCAACCACAUUGGACUGGAAUCCACCUGAUUCAACACAAGUUUUACAAAAACGUAUUUUAAAAACAUUAAUUCCAGGCUUGUUUGACAAACGAAGCUAUCCAGACUACGAGCAACGAGAACUUAUUGCAAAGAAAAGUUCAAAGGAAUUACAAACUGACAGAAUUUCAAGAGUUUUAGACAUUUAUAGGGCUUACAAAAAGGAGUCAUUGCGUGAAAGUCUGGAAGAAAAUAUAAAAAAAAACUACGAAAGUGAAAUACCUAUAAAGAAUACCUUAUUUUAUCGGACCCCAAGAAGAUUUGUAUCUGAUAUUGAAAAUACAGAAUCCGUUAAAAAGAACAAAAUAUUAGUACAUGAUGCAGUACAUCUCCUAAACAAAAUAAUUCAAAGGAAAGAAUUUUCAGAUUCUGAUCAAACUAAAUUGAAUAAAGACACUUCUGAUCGAAAUAAUCCCUUCACUGUCAAAGUUAAAAAAGUAUUUUUGAAUAAAAACAAUUUUAAUAGUGAAUCUACAACUUUAUAUUCGAAAGACAGGGAAGAAGUAGCCGUGCCAGUCUUUGUGCGUAGUGACGUAGAACCGGAGACAACAUCUAAGGAUCCAUCUGAUACUCAAGAAGACAAAGGUUAUUUAACCCUCAAAGCAACAAAAAGCCUUACAAACAGUGAAGCUGAAACACUUGUUGAAAAACUUCAAGAACUCUUGUGGAACAUAAAAGCUGCAGAUCAUACGAUAUUCACUCUUGAAAAUUUGAAUCAGAAUGCAGUGAAAUAUCAUAUGGUAACACAGCCAACCUGGUUUGAAUCUGUUGACGAUGCUAGCACUGUUGUUAACAAGUUAGAUCAAGAUUUAAAGAAUAAAAUAAAAGCAGCUACAGGAAUUACUGUAACUUCAGCUUCUUCACAAGCUCCCUUGGGAAAAUCCUCCCCCAUAAAAGUCGCACCAAAUAAAGCGUGGGAUCGUCUUACAUUGUUGACAGCUAUUAUUGGUGGUUGUACACUAGCUUUGGUUGUGGUUGCUCUUAUUGUUUGCUCAGUGAAAAAGAGAGGAAAGGACACCCCUGUUGCGUUUAAGAAGCAAGAAGCGGUAGAAGAUUACCAGGAAUUGUGCCGGACUCAAAUGUCCGUAGUGAACUCUCAACCAGAGGAAGACGAUAUUGAAAAAGAAAAUACAAUGAGGAACGCUUGGAAUGAUGAUACUUUUCCAUACAACAUGGAUAUCACAACAGGUCACGUGAUUUUGGCAUAUAUGGAAGAUCACUUAAAAAAUGAAGAUAGACUAAACAAAGAGUGGGAGGCACUGUGUAGCUAUAAAGUUGACAACGGAGAGAAAAAUAUUGGUGCUGAUUCCAGGAAUACCUCCAAAAAUCGUUAUGCUGAUGUUUUGCCAUAUGAUACAAACCGUGUAAAGCUUCAUGAAUUGACAAAUGCUUAUCACUCAGACUACAUUAAUGCAAGCUUUAUUACUGACGCCAACCCACGAAAACCUGAAUACAUUGCUACUCAAGGACCUCUUGAAAAAACUACAGCAGACUUUUGGCAGAUGGUCUGGGAACAGGGUAUUGUUGUGAUUGUCAAUCUUACAAAAUUAUCAGAUUUGGGACUGCCACAAUGUCAUCGUUACUGGCCAGAAGAUGGAAGUGAAGUUUAUCACAUAUACGAGGUUCAUCUGAUUUCUGAACACAUUUGGUGCGAUGAUUAUUUAGUCCGAAGUUUAUAUUUAAAAAAUCUUCAGACUGGUGAAACACGGACAAUCACUCAAUUUCACUUUCUUGCAUGGCCUGAUCUAGAUGUCCCAAACUCCACAAAGCCAUUACUGGAAUUUAGAAGGAAAGUUAACAAAUGCUAUCGUGGAAAUGCCUGUCCUAUAAUUGUUCAUUGCAAUAAUGGUGUCGGAAGGACAGGAACAUACAUUCUUCUUGAUAUGGUCUUGAAUAAAAUGAUUAAGGGCACGAAAGAAAUUGAUAUGGCUGCCACACUGGAGCAUUUAAGAGACCAAAGACCUGAUAUGGUGAAAACUAAGGGCCAGUUUGAAUUCGCACUGACUGCAGUUGCUGAAGAAGUAACAGCUAUUCUAAGUGCUGUACCGAAAUAAUUUAAACAAUAAGAAAAAGCAAUAAAAUAAAGCAUAAUUACGAAUUAUAUAUAUGAAUUAUAUACGAAUUAUAUGUACAAGUUAUUGUUUACACUCUUUUUAGGCAUAAUGGGCUGUCUUUUUCUCCAGUGGUUGUCCGUUCUUGCAUUGGAAUAAGUGGACAACCGCCUGUGUAUGUUGUCCUGUAUUCUGUCCUGUUUGUUUGUAUUAGUUUUGGGGUUGUGUGUGUGGUGUGUGCUGUUUUAGUUUGGUUGUGGUAUGAGUGAGGUCCACAUAAAUGUUUUCUUCAUAUAUUGUAUUUUUUUACGUUCGAUAUAUCUAGGUAAUAAUUAAUUUUAUUUUUCUAACGAUGAAAAUUUAUUUUUUUAACUAAUUUAUUACGUUAUAAACAUAAUGCGAUUACUGUAUUUAAGAACAAAUAUUAUUUUUUCAAUCCCAAAUUUUUCUGACGUAUAUUUUUCUUCUUAUUUUUCUUGUUUUGCUUAUGUUGUUGUUUUUUCACCGAGAUGUAUUCUGAUAGAAAUUUCACAAAUCUUAUCAAUUACAUUCAGUACUUUUUAAUAAUAUACGGGUUUGCAAAAUUAAAAAAAAUAUUUGAAUACCUAUUCUCAUUUAAACUUGUUAGAAAGUUUAUCAGAAUUCAAAGAAAGAGAUUUCUCGAAGGCUAGAUCCAAAAUUAGUCAUAUUUUUAACUCUUGUAAUCUUUGAAACAAAACCUCCUCAACGAAGAAACCUCAACGAAGGAACAGUCUUUAGAAGUCUAAAUCGUUAUGUACCUGCCAGUCAGUAGUCGAUCUUUAGCUAUCUAGGCCAUUCAUUUCUUUAAUUUUUUACGUUUAUGAGCUUAGUUUAUUUAUAAUUAUUUAAAUGCUUUAUAAUGUACUUCAUUAAAAUGUGCAGCAGAACCAAAGUCCGAAAUGUAACCGAAUCAAAUGGAAAAGGAUUGCCUUUUAGUGAAAACUGACUUCUCUUCUUUCAUUCUAGAUAGUAUUGCUAUCAACAUGUGCGUCGUUUUGAUUUGAGAAAUAACAGGCUUUCCAUAGGGUUUUUUCUGUUCCACGUGAUGCCUUAGUUGGAUCAGAUUGUGUUUGACGCAUUUUCUGAUGAAUUUAAAGAAUGCAAGAAUUAUUUUACAAAUAUAUAGUUAACCAAUUGAA